CAAUGAUACACGAUACCAGCAACGUGACUGACCUGACAGCCUACAGUUUAAGUUUGAUUUGUUGCCACAGUUUACUCCUUGCUUUUUUUUUUCAUAUACAUUUUCAAUCUCUUUUUUUUUUAGUACUUUAUUUCAAAUGACAGGAGACCCAAACCCUUUCCAUCGGUUGGCAUGUGCUUGUCCACUUGACGAUCCGGCUUGCAUCGUGAUUCGUGAUGCUUGCAGAAAAGUGACAGAGAAGAGCAGCUUUGUGCUCUAUUAUAUUGCUUUGGAAAAUAAUGGACAUUCUAUAUCAAAAGCCAAACGACGUUACAGCGAGUUUGAGUCUCUCCGAACCGCCCUCAGUACGCUGUAUCCCGCACUGCUUAUACCACCGAUUCCUGAAAAACAUACCUUGUCUGAAUAUGCGUAUGUCCAAAGGCGCAUGACCGACGAACAGCCUUUGAUUGACAAGCGGAAACGCCUAUUGCAAAGAUUUUUGCAACGAUUAGCAGCGCACCCCACUCUCUGCCGCGAACACAUCCUUCACCUGUUCCUUGAUCCUGAUAUCCUCUGGGCAAAUGUUCUUCAUUCACUUACCGCAGCCAAUGAAACACACCAUGAGUGUGCUUCGAAUAAUGGCAUGACUUCUGCCAAUAACGCUACGCUUGUUUCUUUUAUCAAUGACCACUUACCAUCCGCAGCGUGGCCGUCUGCCAAUAUUUUACCGAUGACCAAGUCGCCUCCACUCUCGAGGAUACAAGACCCCUCGUUCUGUCUGUCCGAACACAUGACAGAAAAGAGUGCUGUGAGAGCAGCAACGCAUUUUGAUAGAUCACAGCAACGGAUACUGCAGCGGUUAUCAGGCUUGUCCAACGAUUACACCGAUCUAAGCACGGCAUACAAUAACCUCAGUAUACAUGAAAGCUCUUCCAUGUCCGCCAUCAUGAAAGCUAUUGCAAUGACCGCAAAAAUAUCCGGCAACAAAACAGAACAACUGAUAAAGGAUUUGGAAGUGGAAUUUGCGGAACAUGUCCACGAAUAUAACCAGUACAUGCAGAACGGACAGCAUAUAUUACAACUGCAUCAGAUGAAACAAGCACAAUUGGAGAUGAUCAUCGAAUCCAUUGGGAAUAAGCGCAGGAUGCACCGAGGACUCAUGAAUAUUGAAAGUAAUUCGAAACGCCUCGAUACGACAUUGCAAGUAAAUGAAGAAGAAUCACAAUCAGAACCAAUAAAUCACAAUGGCUCAAUACCGCCCUCCCAUGACUACGACGAUAUUGAUACCCAUUCCAUCGACGACGACUAUGCAACGAUAGAUAUGCCUACCGCUCAAUCCGACAGUAAAGAUACCGUCGAGAUGCCUACGUACCCCUCACAAGCGAGUAUGGCAGCUCUUCGAGCGUCUCGCAAAAUAUCGCGUAAAUGGUCCUCGCCACAAAAACUGCUGAAUGCAUUCAGUAGCACCCUCCAAGGCAUCAUCGAUGUGGACCCAGAAGCUACAAGAAAGACCCAAAUCAGUAAGCUCGAGAAAGCUAUUGCUCAGCUCGUGGAAGAAAAGGAAAAGAUGGAGGAGGAUCUGAAAAAGCUAGCCUCCAAUAUCGAGACAGAGAUGGCUUUGUUUAAAAAACAGCGAUCAGCGUCCCUUCGCGCCAUCCUUAUUGCCUAUUGCAAGAUACAUAUCGAAUAUUGUCAGCAGAACGUAUUUUCCUGGGAAGAGGCAAGGCGACAAGUUGAUUGUCUAAAGGACACAACUGCGUGAUAAAACGAACCCUAUAACCCAGCCAUCCAUUUACCAUUCAGCAGACUAGUCAGCAUUUCUCGCCUUUUCCCUUUGUAGUCCCUUUUUUACCUUCAAAUUCACCAAAUGCACGCUAUUAUAUGAAAUUAAGUAACUAACACAACUAUGAAUCUGGGUUGUUCCUAGGAUUUGAAUGAUCUUUUUCGUGUAUCGCCAGUGCAGUCACCUGUCACUAAAAUUUG